GACUGUAUGAUUAUUGACUCCACUUGUAUGACAUGUCUCUCUCUUAUCGUUAGAUUUCCUUUGCUUGUUUCCGUUACACUAUUUUCAUCUCUUAUUUUUAUAAAAUUAUAAUUGACACGUUUUACUCAAGUGUUUAAUUAUUAUUACUUUAUUAUUACCACCAGAUUGGCCUUCAAUAACUUAUCCUGCCUGUUUCGAAAACCUUAGUUAACCCUUGAUAAGGGUAAUAUUUCCAAUCUCAACAGCACAAACAAGUGAUCACACUGUGUUUAACAAUAGUCAUCUCUUUGAUUUUCCUUGCUUCUCUUGGUUACAUCACUUCAUCGGCUGGCUGGGUGGUUGUGUUCAUAUUCGUUUUUUCGGUAUUUUUAACCCUUAUAAUUUGUCUAAUUUGUUUCACUGCGUGUAGCAAAUUAGUCAAUGAUUACUUCAGUGAAGAUAACAACUCGAAGAAGCUCUAAUUUAUACAAUAUACUUCCAUCCUACAUUGUUUACAUGUUUACUCCAACCAGUUACUCUAUACCUUUCCCUAUGUUAGUUCAUUCUGUUUCCCUCUAACCUUUAAUUUUCCUCCAACUAUAAGAUUUCCCAUUCUAGUCCAAUCUGUUUAAUAAUUUAGUAGUGAUAAUACUAAAGUAUUACUAAAAGUGCAGUGUUCCACUACAUAUAUUGAUUGAAGCUCAUAUGGCGAGUCCUCUAGGCUCAUUUUCUGGUUCUUCAAGCCAUUCUCUUCGAAGCUCCAGAAAAGACAGCAAUACCGGUGAACCUAAUUCAUCGUCAGAUGUUCACCAUUCUCACCAUUCCCAUAAUUAUGGACAUUUUCGAAGUCAUUCAUCGUCACGAGAGGGAAGAUCUUUUGUCGGUACUGGAGGUAUAGUUACAGGUAAUCCUGCCUGGCUUCAGCGUAAAAUCCAUUUGAGACCUGCUUUAAGAGGAUGCCAUUUAAUUACAGAUGAAGUGCUUAAACAAUUGCCAGAAUUGUCUAAAUUUUAUGUUGGAAUGUGUCAUAUUCACGUUCUCCACACGUCUGCUAGUCUUGCUCUCAAUGAAAAUUGGGAUCCUGAUGUGAGAGAGGACAUGGAAAUGUUUUUAUCUAGAUUAGUGCCUGAGAGCACUCCAUUCCGUCACUCCUGUGAAGGACCAGAUGAUAUGCCUGCUCAUAUCAAAGCCUGUUUUCUUGGAGCAUCUCUCACCAUUCCAGUUUCAGAUGGUAAAUUAACAUUAGGCCCUUGGCAAGGUAUUUGGCUUUGCGAACAUCGUAAUCGAGCUGGUUCAAGACAAAUUGUUGUUACUCUGAAUGGUUUCUUAAAGAAUGAACCAUCCUAAAGCAAUGAAUGCUACAGAAAUGUCUCGAGCUACUCAUGAAACAACAAAGACAAUUUCUUAAAAUGAAAGUCUUUAACUUCACUAAUUAACCGUCAGCAACGUCGGACAAUAAAAUGAAGGCCAUUUUCGGACAGAUAACUUUACAUCAUUCACUCAUCACCCAACUCCAUUCUCGCAACAAAAAGUGCUAAAACCAGAAACAAUGAUUUCAAAAACUAUUUACAAUUUAGUCAAUUUCAAUAUUCACAAUUAGGCUCACUUAUAAUUUUUCCUCAUCUCUCUUUUUUUCUCUGUUCAAGAUCAAGUAAAAAAUGUAUACUUGUAAAUCCUGUUGUUUAUUGGUGUUUGGUGAUCAAGAAACAAGUGAUCUAAUGCGUUGUACUCUUCAGUAAUGAUUCAAGAGCCAUUUUGGAAGUAAAUCUGCAUCCAUUUUCCUGUUUCUACGCUUAUUCAAGGUCUCACUGCUUCACACAAUCAAACUUGUCCAGAAGUAACUCAUUUCACCAUGAAAUUAUCAACGAAAACCUUUCACCUCUACGGAAGUCAUCGAACAUGGAUCUUUCUUUACCUUAAACUAAUGCAACUUACAUUAAUAAUCAUUCAAAAAUCAUCCUGUAAAAAUAGCUUAUAAGAACGAAUCAACACAAUAUUGAUUCUGAUGCAUAUAACUGUUAGCAAUUCAGCAGAAUGAUAUCUAGAAUCUAAGAAACCUUUUGAUUAUGGAAGUAUCAUUGAAACUAAAAUAAUUAGCUUAAUUACAGUUAGUGAUGAGUGGAAGUUAUUUUGUUAAUAAUUUGAAGUCAGACAUUAUUUGCCCAUUUGAUUUAAUCUGAGAAACUGCUUUGUUAUUUUCCCAUUACAACUCAGUGAAUUUUGAAUUAUUAUUGAUGGAUAACUAACAUUUCUUUUAAUUCAGCAAAAAAUAACCGUGUGUUAAUUUAAUUGUAAAAUAACAAGAUAAAACAAUUAUGUACUGCAAUCCUUGCCAUCCAAAUACAAACGUCCUUUGACGCAUCGACAAAUUUAUAAAAUGUAUUAUUUCAAGUUUAUCAAAUUGGUUGUCCAAACAAAACUCAAAGUCAAUAACGAUAACAAUGAUUAAGUCUUGAAUAAUCUUGUAAGAAUCAAAUUAAUUUACUCGUUUCCUUAGAAAAUUUACUUUUCAAAUUUGGAGCCAUUCUAAUAGAACCUAAAGUCUAGAUGAAAACAUCUGUUCAUCUGCAACUGUUGACUUCCUAAUUGUAACUGUUAUUUAAAUGAAAUUUAUUUUGUAUUUUGAAUUUAAUUGUAGGCUUAAUGAAUUUCCAUCAGCAAA